UGAAACACAGAUCUUCCCGGCAAUAAUGGCUUCUUCUUCAUGAAUCCCCGCCAUAACCGCUCUGCUGUAUCUUCACUUCGCGCUUUCCUUGCUCAUGGCUACCUCCUUCUCCGCAGUUGCCACGGCGGCGGCUCAUCUGGCGGAGGCGGAAGCGGAGGUUGUGGAGCUGGAGCAAGGUUGUCGGAAAUUCUAAGCAGCGAGAGUUCGAUUACUUCAUGCUAGCUCUGCAAUGGUCCGCCACUUACUGCCGCUUCACCAGAAAAUGCUGCAACCAAAACGCCUGCUGCCGAGGGGAGAACUCACCCUACUGAAUUUACAAUCCAUGGGUUAUGGCCUGAUUACAAUGACGGAAGCUAUCCAUCAUGCUGCGGUGGAUCCAAUUUUAAUGAGAAGGAGAUCUCGAAAUUGCUUGAUCCUUUGAACAAGUAUUGGCCAACUCUAAGCUGUGGGAAAUCAUCAACCUGCCAUGGGGUGAAAGGAUCUUUCUGGGCACAUGAGGUGUUCUCCAACAAUAUGCACAAUCUUGUAUGUUGGCAGCAAGUACUAUUUGAAGCUGGAUAUGUUCCUUAAGCGUACCCUGUCAAAGGCAUUAUUUCUGCUAUUCAGAAUGCUUACCACGAAACUCCGGCCCUUGUUUGCUCAAACGGCGCCCUGGAGGAAAUUCGUUUGUGCUUUUAUAAGAGUUUUCAGCCGGGAGAGUGUGUGACAUCAUCAACAUUGCAAGACAGCAAGUAUUCAUCUUCGAGUUCUUGUCCAGAAUAUGUUAGCCUGCCAGCAUUUGCCUCAUCUGGCAUCUACAGUGCAACAUGGAUGCCUGAAGCUGCUGCUCAGUGAGAUCUCCAAGGGCACGUGGUGCUGUAUGCUCUGCUUCAUUUACUGCCAUUGAAGGAGCCUCCGGUUCCAGAUCUCCCCAGUUAAAGCA